UAAAGUAUUAAAGUGUAAUACUUUAACUUUAACUCUUAAAGUUUAAAGUAUCACUUUAAACUUUAAUUCUAAAGUAAAGUUAAAGUGCCACCCCUAAUCUGUAUCAACCACAUCAGCUAUUUUCAAGUUUGAUUACUUAUUAAAAAUGUUACGACAAAAAUAAUCAUUCGUUAGAAGACUUAAUCAGUAGGAAAACAUUUUUCGCCAUUGGAUAUAAAAUUCUAUGACAUAAUAAAAUCAGCUUUUUUGAGUAGCAGUUUGCAUGUUCAAAACAAACUAUAUUAACUUAAUAAAAAAGAAGCUUUUAGGACAAUUCUUAUGAGAUUAAAAUGUAAAGCAUAAUAUAGCUUAUGGUGCUAAUCACAGAGAAAUUGUCUUAUGCUAUCUAUUUUGGGAUAUGAUUUCUUCACCAUUCUUCUACUUUAUGCUCCAGAAAUGUAAUGAGAAAUUACUUUAUAUAAACAUAAUCAGAUGUUAUUAAUAGAGAGUUUUUAAUCGUAUAUCCACAACGGCUGUCAAGACCUAUUUUGAGUCUUCUCUAACGUGUCUAUCACGUCGGGAAGGAAAUAUGAAUUCAAAUUUCUACUUCUAUACUUCUUUUAUAUCGUGUUUCAUACAAUGACGCGCCAAAAAUAGUUCUUAGUAAGAAGACUUAAGCAGUUAGGAAAAGUGUUGCGCCAUGUGAUAUAAUAAAAUUGGCUACUUUGAGAAGCAAUCGACCUGUUCAAUACAGGCAAUAUUAAUUUAAUAGAAAAGUAAAAACCAAGCUGUUAGUGCAAUCCUGGUGGGAUUAAAAUAUGAAACACAAUGUAGCUGUUGUUGCUAAUCAUAGGGAGGUUAUUUUAUUCUAUACGUUUUGGGAAAUCAUCCUUUUACUUAGUUCUCGAGAAAUGGUAUAAGAAAGUAUGUCGUAUACUAUAAGAAGACAUUUUUGAUAUAUGAUCUAUAAUACUACGUAGUGAUGAGAAUCAAUGGUUUGUUUCUUCGUGAUCUAAUGUGAGAUGAAGCAGCCUUUGGUAAAUACUCUUAAAUCGGCACUCGUAAAAAAAGUCAAUGGAUUCAACUGAUAAGAUCUCUUUUAAGGAAUAUUCUCUUAUAUAAACAAUGGAAAUAAUUUUGGCAAAUAAUGGCAUCAAUCACACUAUCUAUUUAUAAAGUAAAUAUGUCAUAUGAUUUCUAUUGAUUACGGACGAAAUAAAAUUCAAUGUAAAUAUUAUUUACUAAUAUAAGUAAACGAUAUUUGAUUUCACUGAUGUCUAUACUCUUCAACAAAAAGUAAUUGAUGAGUUAUUUUCAAGUAGUCUAUUAUGGGAAGUCAUCAAAGCCAAUCAAUAUUUUGAUAAUAAAUCAAAUUUUUAAUUUUUACUGAUGUGAUUUCAUUUUAAUUCUUUACUUUAGACUUAUCGAUUAUAGAAAAGUUCGAUUCCAAAUUUGUUUUUUCUUCUUCUUAUCAAUUAAAUAAUUAUUUUCCAAACUCAUUAAAUUAAUAUAAAAUUCUAAAAAAAAAAUUUUUUUUUUUUUUCAUUUUAUUUCAGCGUUGAAAGUCAAAUAAAAGAACUUAAAGAACGAAUACUUAAAUCACGUACAGGUUUAUUUGAUUUAUCACAUUAUAAUGAUAUACAUUUAAUUUGUGGUGUUGUCAAAGAUUUUCUUCGUUCAUUAUCAGAAUCUUUACUAACAGAAUCUUUAUGGAAAUCAUUUGCAUUUAUUGUUGAUGAAGAAUCUGAUUUAAUCAAACAACAAAAGAUUGAUUCUCUUAUUCAACAAUUACCAAAACCAAAUCGUGAUACAUUAGCAUUUAUUAUUAUUCAUUUACAACGUGUUGCUGCAUCACCACUUUGUCGAAUGCCUAUUAUUAAUUUAAGUCGAACAAUGGGUCCAGCUGUUAUUGGUUAUUCAUCAAAACAUAUAUCCGGUAUUGAUCUUGUUGGUGAAACAUAUAAACAAACAAAAAUACUUGAAUUUUUUCUUAAUAUACCAUCGAAUUAUUGGAGUCAAUUUCUUGAAAUUAAUAAUAAUUAUAAUAUAUCAUCAACACCAAUGACUAAACAUAAAAUUGGUACACCUAUUCUAAUAAGUGAACAUCAUUAUCAGUCUACACCUAAAAUAACUUAUCCAGCUCCUUCAAGUACAUUUUUUUCUCCAAUUUAA